CAGCACUGUAGUUGUUGCAAUGUGCGCUUUUCGCGGGUAAUUGUGUGAGGGUGGGGAUUCUUCUUUGGGAGAUCUGGAAACAUGAGCAAUAAGAAACUAAGACGAGUGGGUUUAUCACAAGAGCUGUGUGACCGUUUGAGCAGACAUCAGAUUGUUAAUUGUCAGGACUUUUUAGGUCUUUCCCCACUGGAACUUAUGAAAGUGACUGGCCUGAGUUAUGGAGGUGUCCAUGAGCUUCUGUAUAUGGUCAGCAGGGCCUGUGCUCCACAGAUGCAAACAGCUUAUGAGAUAAAGAUGCAGACAUCUGCCAAACUCUCCCCAGCGUUCCUGUCUACUACGCUUUCUGCUUUGGAUGAAGCCCUGCAUGGUGGUGUGGCCUGUGGAUCUCUCACAGAGAUUACAGGUCCACCAGGUUGUGGAAAAACUCAAUUUUGUAUAAUGAUGAGUGUUUUAGCUACGUUGCCCACCAACAUGGGAGGAUUAGAAGGGGCUGUUGUGUAUGUUGACACAGAGUCUGCGUUUACUGCCGAAAGACUGGUCGAGAUCGCAGAAUCCCGUUUUCCACUCUAUUUUAACACUGAAGAAAAACUGCUUCUGAUGAGCAGUAAAGUUUAUCUUCACCGGGAACUCAGCUGUGAGGGUGUUCUGCAGAGGCUCGAAUCUUUGGAAGAAGAGAUUAUUUCCAAGGGAGUCAAACUUGUGAUUGUUGACUCCAUUGCUUCUGUGGUCAGAAAGGAGUUUGAUCCUCAGCUUCAGGGCAACAUCAAAGAAAGGAACAAGUUUUUGGCCAAACAAGCAUCCUUACUGAAGUACCUGGCUGAGGAAUUCUCACUCCCAGUUAUCUUGACGAAUCAAAUUACGACCCAUCUGAGUGGAGCCCUCCCUUCUCAAGCAGACCUGGUGUCUCCGGCUGAUGAUUUGUCCCUGUCUGAAGGUGCUUCUGGAUCCAGCUGUGUGGUAGCUGCACUGGGAAACACAUGGAGUCACUGUGUGAACACCCGACUGAUUCUCCAGUACCUUGACUCAGAGAGAAGGCAGAUUCUCAUUGCCAAAUCCCCUCUGGCUGCCUUCACCUCCUUCGUCUACACCAUCAAAGAGGAAGGCCUGGUUCUUCAAGGCCAAGAAAGGCCAUAGGGAUCCUGUGACCUUUGUCUAGAGCUGAUGGGGGUGUGAUUUGUGAAAUGAAACAAGAUCAAGUCAGGUGCUGCUGGGAAAAAGGAACCGGAAGCCAACAUAAUGAGGAUUAAUUGGUUGAUUGCUGUUGAGAUGGUAACUGUGACUUCAGACCCGGAAGGGAAGGUGAAGAUGAAGAAGCCUUUGUCCAGUCUCUAGACGUGGAGGGCUAGGGGCUUUACCACCGUGGGAUGUCAGCAGCCAUAAUAAUAAUUUGCACUUACAUGGUACCUUUCAACCGUGUACCUCAAAGCGGUUUAACCACAUUAAUUAAUUAAAGCCCACAGUCCCCCUGGGGAGAGGAGGAGGAGGACUAACAAGAUUUGUAAUUACAGAAGGGAACACUCCGAAUAAAGUAUUGUCCAGCAAAUAAAAAGAAUAGGUGUAAAAGA